AUGGAUGGUAUUUAUGACAAGUUCGUUGAGAGAUUCAAGGCUCGUGCCCUUGCCAACAAGGUUGGAGAUCCAUUCCACCACGAAACUUUCCAAGGCCCACAAGUCUCCCAACUUCAAUACGACCGUAUCAUGGGUUACAUUGAUGAGGGUAAGAAGGCUGGUGCUACCGUUGUUACCGGUGGUGAGAGACACGGUGACAAAGGUUACUUCAUUCAGCCUACUAUUUUCUCCGAUGUUACCGAAGACAUGAAGAUUAUGCAAGAGGAAAUUUUUGGACCAGUUUGUUCCAUCGCUAAAUUCUCCACCGAGGAGGAAAUUAUUAAAAUCGGUAAUGGCUCCAACUAUGGUCUCGCCUCGGCCGUUCACACACAAAACCUCAACACCGCUCUGCGUGUAUCAAACGCUCUGAAGGCGGGUACAGUUUGGGUUAACUGCUACAAUAUGCUUCACCACCAAGUACCAUUUGGUGGAUACAAGGAAUCGGGAAUUGGACGUGAAUUGGGCGAGGCAGCUUUGAGCAACUACACACAAACCAAGUCUGUGAGAAUCAGAUUGGGUGAUGCUCUUUUCGGUUAA